AUGGAGAAGAGUUUGGGGAAGAUGUGGAGAGAGGUUCUGGAGAUCUCCACGAGCGAGCCAAUUGGCUCGGGGUGUGUGGCUCAGGUCUACAAUGGAACCCUCAAAACAAGACUGACAGCUCCAUCUAUUGCCGAGGAAGACAAGAGAGAUGGAGAAGCUGACAUGGAGCUCGAGGCGUCACCUGCGAAGGUUCCAGGCAGAUCAGGAGCCGAUGAGAACAUCAAAUUCCCACUCCCGCUCCUCCCCUACGUCACCAGAGAGUCCGGGUGGAGACCUUGGAGCCUGGUAGUGUCUACAUCUCUAGAUAUCAUGGACAACGCCGGGAGACAGCUGCAGAAGAACGCUGGCCAGGAUUGGCACCGAUGCCCUCCUGGCCAUGUUGUCAUCCACACUUGUCCAUGGAGACCUCCAUCCUGGCAAUAUCCUGGUCCAGGACACACACCAGCCUCGCUGGUCCUCCUGGACUGUGGUAUCGCCACCAGUCUCACGCCCUUUGACCUACUCCAGAUGAGGCUCUCUUCACGCCAUCGUCAAGGGAGAUGUGAUUGA